AUGAAGUUCUUCGACGUUGCGGUAACAUAUACCGCAGACCAAUUCCAAGGCAUCUACCGAGGGAAACAAUACCACCCAGCCGAUUUCGGCGAGGUCCUCCAACGAGCCAAAGAAUACAACUGCGAAAAAGUGAUGCUUACAACAAUGACACUUGAAGGUGCGAAACAAAACCUGCAAGCAGUGAGGGAGUUCCCCACAAUGUGCAAAAUGACCCUUGGCGUGCAUCCCUACCACGCCGCCGAGAUCUACCAACAGCCCGGGUUACAGUAUCUAAGCGAACUAAAAACACUCGGCGAAACACUUAUUGCCGAGUCACCGUCGCCUCUAGCGGCAUUUGGUGAAAUCGGGUUGGAUUACGAGUACCUCAAUCGAGCCGAUAAAGAGACGCAGCAGCGUGCUUUCCGGGAACAGUUAGAGUUGGCGGUUCAUUUUCAAUUGCCGCUGUUCUUGCAUGUCAGAGAGUCGGCGGAGGAUUUCAUUUCGAUUAUUACUCCUUUCCUUGAGAGGUUGCCCAAGGGUGGGCUGGUGCAUUCCUUUGCAGGCACGAAGGAGGAGAUGCUGCAGCUUGUGGAGCUUGGGUUGGAGAUUAGUGUGAAUGGGGUUUCGUUCCGGAGUGAUGAGCAAUUGGAUAUGGUUCGGCAUAUUCCUUUGGAUAAAUUGCAGCUUGAGACUGAUGCGCCUUGGUGUGAGGUCUUGGGCAAUGAUCCGAAGAUUGCGGGCUAUUUGGAAUCUAGUCGGCCUUUGCCUGCGAGUCGGAAGCAUAACAAGUUUAUGUUGGGGCAAAUGGUUAAGACUCGUAAUGAAAGUUGUACUAUGGAACGUGUUGGGUUAGUCGUUGCAGGAUUGAAGGGUGUUACUAUGGAGGAAGUUGUGAACGCAGCAUGGGUUAACAGCUGUCGAAUGUUUUGGACAUGA